AACCAGUCACCUUAAUUUCAAUCAUCAUCACUUCUCUUAUUAAAGCUUUUUUGUAUAGCCAUUGAAAUUUUGAUAACCAAUGGCUACAACCCUUUUACUGUUUUGUAUUCUUGCUUCACUUUUCCUCAUUUCCCAUGCUCAAACUUGCUCAAACUACACCUUUUCAUCCAACAGAGCCUUCACUUCUUGCACCGACCUUCCACAUUUACAAGCCCACCUUCACUGGAACUACAUUCCAUCCACUGGAAAACUUGAGAUCGCUUAUAGAGCCAACCAAACUUCCAACGGAUGGGUUGCGUGGGCAAUCAAUCCGACUGACACAGGCAUGGUUGGUUCACAGGCACUUGUUGCAUUUCAAAACGCUAAUGGGACUAUGACUGUCUAUCCAACACCGAUAACCAGUUACAGCCCUUCAAUGCUACCGGGGACUCUCAGCUUUCAGGUUUCAAACAUCUCUGCAGAAUAUUCGAAUAAGGAGAUGAUGAUCUUCGCAGAUGUAGGUCCACUUGAUAAUGGAACUGUUGUCAAUCUUGUUUGGCAAGCAGGAAGUUCGGUUACCAACAAUGUCCCUCAGGUUCACUCGAUGUCAAUGCCAAAUCUGCAUUCAAUGGGGGCACUUAAUUUUCUAUCUGAUUAGAAACAAAGAUUCAUAGAGGGAACUAUAGCAAAUAAGUGAUCAAAUUUGUCUGUGAACCAUUUUCAUAAGAGAGGUCAUGUUUAUUACUCAAUGUUAUAAAGCUCUUGUAGUUUGUUAUCAUCUAUCCAACACUCCUCAAG